CCUACCGGAAGUCAUCGUUCAAUCGCUUCGCGACGUAGUGCGAGUGGACUUCAGUAUUAUUUACGUCUUUUGUCUUCGCUCUUGAACGUUCUACAUUGUAUUAAAGUCUCUGGGACUCUCAUUUUACCGAGAAUGACAGACAGAUACAACAUCCACAGUCAGCUGGAGCAUCUUCAGUCCAAGUACAUCGGCACAGGACAUGCGGACACCAGCAAAUGGGAAUGGCUGGUCAACCAGCACAGAGACUCUUACUGUUCCUAUAUGGGACAUUUUGACCUGCUCAACUACUUCUCUGUAGCUGAGAAUGAGAGCAAAGCACGAGUCCGCUUCAACCUGAUGGAGAAGAUGCUUCAACCAUGUGGACCACCAGCAGACAAACCCGAUGAUGCCUAGAUUACACUGGAGUGAGCUGUGAAUGUUUUUUUUCCCCCCUCGGGAUGUUUUUGUAGGAUUUGGGUUUUUUUAAAUAGACAUUCAGCUUGAUUUUCUGCUUAACAUCUUCAAAGUCACGCUCGUCUGAAUUUCUUACUAUAAAAUUAGAACUGCAACAGUCUUGGAUGACCGUGCCAACACCAGAUGGAUUAACCUCGCUCAUGAGAUACCUGGACUCAGAUCUUUACAUACCUGCAUCUGGACCACUGAAAAGCAUUGUUUCCUUCCCAAUACAGCUCUGCAGCUUCCAGGGAAAUUAACUAUGAAGGUGAAAGAAGUGUGGAAGAUGUAAUCAUUCACAAGAGAAGACAAUACAAAAUGUGCAAACUGGCGCCCUAUCACCUGUCAAGUAUUUGUAUUAACUGAUGGAGCUGUUCUUGAUUUGAAAUUUCUGUUUUUGAUUUAAUUAAAAUUCAUCUUUCUCUA